GGCCACCAACUAGUAUUCCGGCCUAGGCGAGUCCUGCGGCCUGGGCGUGUCCUCUGUCCUCCCGACAGAGGAAGGGGGCGGGUCUCGGCCGCUGCCCUAGCAGGCGUCAGAACGCGGCGCGGGAGACCGCGGUAUGGGGAGGGUGCAGCUCUUCGAGAUUCGCCUGAGCCAGGGCCGCGUCGUCUACAGUCCUGGGGAACCGCUGGCUGGGGCCGUGCGCUUGCGCCUCGGAGCGUCACUCCCCUUCCGAGCUAUCCGGGUGACCUGCAUGGGUUCCUGUGGGGUCUCCAACAAGGCCAACGAUGGGGCAUGGGUGGUGGAGGAAAGCUACUUCAACAGCUCUUUGUCACUGGCUGACAAGGGAAGUCUGCCGGCUGGAGAACACAACUUCCCUUUUCAGUUCCUGCUUCCUGCGACAGCACCCACAUCUUUUGAGGGUCCCUUCGGGAAGAUUGUGCACCAGGUGAGGGCGUUCAUCGACACUCCACGUUUUUCUAAGGAUCACAGAUGUAGCCUCGUGUUUUAUAUCCUGAGUCCCUUAAACCUGAACAGCAUCCCAGAAAUUGAGCAACCUAAUGUGGCCUCCACUACGAAGAAGUUCUCCUAUAAGCUGGUGAAGACUGGCAGUGUGGUUCUCACAGCUAGCACUGACCUUCGUGGCUAUGUAGUGGGACAGGUGCUGCGGCUGCAGGCUGACAUUGAGAACCAGUCAGGCAAGGACACCAGCCCUGUGGUGGCCAGCUUGCUACAGAAGGUAUCUUAUAAGGCCAAGCGAUGGAUCUAUGAUGUGAGAACCAUUGCAGAGGUGGAGGGUACAGGUGUCAAGGCCUGGAGGUGUGCUCAGUGGCAAGAACAGAUCCUAGUGCCUGCCCUGCCCCAGUCGGCCCUGCCCGGCUGCAGCCUUAUCCACAUCGACUAUUACCUUCAGGUCUCCAUGAAGGCACCUGAAGCCACUGUGACUCUCCCAGUCUUUGUUGGCAAUAUUGCUGUGAACCAAACCCCACUGAGCCCCUGUCCAGGCACAGGGUCUUCUCCUGGGGCCUUGUCCUCAGUGGUACCCUCUGCACCACCCCAGGAAGAGGCUGAGGCAGCGGCUAGUGGCCCCCGCUUCUCAGAUGCAGUUUCUCUUUCUACCAAGAGCCAUUCUCAGCAGCAGCCACUGUCUGCUGCCUUGGGUUCCAUGUCUGUCACUACCAUUGAGCCCUGUAUUCAGGCUGGAAGCCCUGCUAGGCAUUCUCUGCACCCGCCCUUGUGUAUCUCCAUAGGUGCCACUGUCCCUUACUUUGCAGAAGGCUCUGGAGGCCCAGUACCCACCACCAGUGCCUUGAUCCUCCCCCCAGAGUACAGUUCAUGGGGCUACCCCUAUGAGGCUCCACCAUCCUACGAGCAGAGCUGUGGUGCUGGUAGUGCAGAUCAUGGCCUGAUCCCAGGGAGCUGACCCUGAACUGGGCAAGUAGCUGGCCUUUACCUUCUACAGCCUAGCCUCGGAGUGUCCCCAGUAUACAGGCUCUGCGCUGAAGACCAGCCCUGCAAGCUCCUCCUUUGACCCUAUCUCUGAAAGACAGCUCCCUCCACCAGACCUCCUCCCAUUACCACAUCCUUCAAGAUGCAUCCUUUGAGCUUGUGACUUGGCCCUGUCCAAUCCUAUCUCAAACUCUACAAGUGUAUUCCUCACCUCAGUGACACCCCACCUCUGGGUUCCUCUAUAGUCUAUGAGGUUGCAAUCUGGAUAGUUCUGUGCUGGCCACUCCUGUCCUCUUUAUUUUUUAAAUUUUUUAUUUUUUAAUAUCUCCCCAUCUGUUUAAGGAUGUUCCUGGUGUUCUUUGAGACACACUCUUGUUUGCAUUCCAAACCAUUUUUCUAGGUGGCAUGCUUGGAUGCCUGGCCACCAAAAAUAUUCAUGCAGAGAGGACUUACCAGGAACCUGCUUGCAGUAGAACCCUCAACUCUUGGGCAUGAGAUCACUGUCAACUCUGAGCAUUGUGCUUCUCCUUAUUUACCAUUGUACACACAAGACAUUGGAACUGUGAUGUAGGUCCUUAAGACAAGACAACAAACAGUUCCCUGGAGCAGCAUUUCAGAGGCACCCUCCAGUCAUCUUCAUCUCCAUGGCAACUCAGGUAACAAGCACUGGCCUGUUGUCCUUCACAUGUAAUGUUUGCAUUGGAGUGGUUACUUUGGAGAGAAUUAAAUUCCAUCUCUGAUGGGGGAGAGCCACUUUGCCAGGUAUGGUGGCCACCUUGCCUAUGGAAUCAAACCAGUUCACAGCCUUUUAGGGAACAAAGUGCUCUAGAGAGCAGAAUCCUGGCAGUGCACAACCAGUAUCCCCAAGUUGUGUUUCCACUCUGAGCCCUAGGUGGCUGUCUAGUUUUCACAUCACCUAACCAACUAGGUCUGCACCCCAUUUUAGAGGGCUAGAAGUGGAUGGUAUCUUUUGGAACACAUCACUGUCUACUCCUUGCAACAUGUUCUUUCACUGGUGGUUACAUACCUGGCUAACAUUUGAUUUUGUGGGUCAGAUGGGUUUUGGAGAAAGCCUCCUUCCACCUCCUGGAAGCAGUGCAGCCUACAGUUGAAAUAAAAGCUGGGGUUUGAUCCCACCUUGUCUCA